AUGCCUCUGGAACGUUUUAUGGACCUUGGUUGCUCGCCGCGCCUAGACUUUCUAACCUACACGCUAUUCGCAAUCCCAAUGUCGGGGGUACCGUUUUUGAAGCAUGUCUCUUUCUCACCCCUAUCUACAGUCCAAGCAUUCAAGCAGUGCUGUACACUCGUCCUGCUUGUUGGUUCUUGUUUGACUAGUUCUAAACCCUUUUUGUACCCGUGCCCGACUUUGAGAAUUCCCCAUUUUCUUUGCUCGGUUCCACUUCAUCUUUCUUUCCACACAACAACGUACCUCAUUGCAGCUGCGCAUACUAUUUCCUUUCUUCGUAUUUACUUACCCCAUCUCUCGGCUACUUCAGACUCUGAUCUGUCUUCCCGUCACCAAACGCAGGCGCCCCAAGGUACUUUCCCUUAUUCACCGAUCUUCAUCUGUGUUCCAUUGCUGAUCUACCACCCAUUUACUUCUGUUACUGCUUUCCAGACAACCUUUCAUUUAUCCCUUAAAUUCCACCUGAUCUGGUAG